AUGGCCAACAUGGCGACCCCGUUCAGGCACUGGCCCAAAUCGGCCACCAUCUCCUCUCGCCAUUUCCUCUGCUCCUGCUCCUACGGCGGCGCACCGGGGGCAUUCUCAACCUUUUCGUCAACGUCGUCGUCGUCGUCGUCGUCGUCGUCUUCCUCCUCCUCCUCCUCCUCCCCUUCCCUCCUCAACGUUGAUGAUGCCCGCUUUUCGAACCCCUCUCCCCAUUCGCCGUCGUACGCGCUCAGCCGACAGCGGUGGCGCUUCUCUUCGUCUACUUUCUCUUUUCCCCGAGAAGUCGAUUCCCCGGGGAGGAGCUUCAGGUUGGCCGGACGUUCACCGUACGCGGACGCCGCCUUCCUCGAUGAGGACUCGGACUAUGGGCUAGAACAGGACUCACCGAGGAAGAGCCGGAACCAGCAGAAGAGAGAAGCUCGCCGAGCCGUCGCAUGGGGCAUGGACAUUGCUAAAUUCUCUCCUGCACAGAUUAAGCGAAUCCUCAGGUAUUCUGCGAACAACACUCCCCGAUAUUCGAUCGUACGGGUUUCCAAGUGCGCCUAACCUUUCUUCCUGCUCCAAAUGGGAUUCGAAGGGCCGCUUCCCUCGAAAAAGAGGUCUUCGAUGCUAUUAUGCUGGUGAAGGUGCUGGAUCCUCGACUUUCUGGUUCUAUUGGCGUCUCAUGGGGGAGAACUUGUGUGACGUCUGAAUGAUCUUCUCCGCUCUUUUUUUCAUUAUUUUUUUGCAGAGAUUGGGUCCCGAUGUCAGAGAAGGGAGGAGGAGACAGUUCGGUUACAUAGGUCAGUGACAUCUUUGGCGAUGAUUCUGUUCCACAACUAAUCUUCCCUUUGUACUAAGACCAACUUUGAUAAAUGACAGUGCUAGAUUUCUUUUCAAUAAACAAGUAUGAAGGGAGAUGCUAGGAUGGGUUUAUUAAGCAUCGAGCUGGGCAUUUCUGUUGUUUCUCUUCCUCUUGAUGCUUUUUUUCUUAAGCAUCUGGUCAACUUUGAUGCUUUAUUAGGAUCUGUUUCUUCAGUUGUUUCCGUCUGUGGUCAACUAGUAAGAUUUUUUACUUAUAUUUUAACUGUAAAGUGCUUCAAAUCACGGAAAAGUUAUAGAAUUGAGCUCCUCUGAGAUCGGGUUUGUGUCCACGAGAUGCACAAAUCAAUGUACUCAAUCUUCGGUUGAACAAAUGCUUGAUGCGCAUAUCAUCACCAGAAAUGGAGGUGAAUUAUUUCUGUACGAGUGUUAUCAUAUAUCAUCAGACUUUUGACCGUUUUUUUCUCCCUCCUAAAGGAGUGACUUUUCAAGCAUAAUCAGAGACACAUACAUGCAUAUGAAAAUAACAAGAUGUAAACGACAAGCAUCAAGAGUCACUCGUCAUCUCGUUUCGCCUCGUGCUGCUUGUUUUUAAAUAUUCAUAAGAGAAAUGUCAGGGAAUGUGGGUCUUUCCGGGGUGAAGAUUUCUUAGACAAUUAGCCUACUACCCGAAGCUCAACUGUUCUUCUCCCCGUCGGUAUGGCUAAUGCGGAAUUCAACUGUUUAAGGGAUGUGCACAGAUCCCUAGCUAUGUGUAUGCAUCUAACCAUGAAUGGAUGCCCUCAACCCUUUACAGAAGCUUUAUAAUGUAGACAAGACACCACUCCCUCCAGAAGAAAAGUUCGUUCGAGUUCUUGAUCUUGAGUCUCCAUUUUCUACUGUGGCUGACUGAUGUUGCUCAAUGCAACAGUCACCAGGAAAGAAGAAAUCUCGGACAAUCUCUGGUCUUCAAUCUCUUAAAGAUAAGUAUGCCAUAAUCCUCUGAUCCUUCUAAGAAAGCUAGUUUUUGCGAUGGGGAGUAUUCGAAUCACAUUAUUUUAUUUCAAAUGACAUUAAUGCCAUUUAUGAAACGAUCAGAGAAAUGCAAUCCUCGGGUCCUUUCUUGCUUGUUAUGCUUAAAUAUGGCUAUUAUUUAUGCUUUGCGCAAGGAACCCUAGGUAGAUGCCUAGAUUGCGUUGUCUUCAAAUAUUGUGAUCAUCAUGAGAGGUAGCUGCUGUUUUGUAGUAAAUAGAACAGAACCGAAGUCUUUUGGCCUUACCCUCUUUAGAAUGCACACAUUCUACACAGAUCAUAAUGAUAAUCUUACCGCGAUUACACUUGCCCUUGCUUAGAGGGUGCACAUUCUAUGCUUAUCAAAUAGAAAAUUAGACCGCUGUGGUGGUGCCUCUGUGAUAGAAGUUCAUAUUCUUGCUAUCUCUGUGAUGGAAGUGAGGGAUUAAUUUGAAGCAUCUUUGACGUUACUGUGAGACGGAUGGGCUGUUUGUGCACGGACUUGUUCUUGUUGCAACUCUCUUGGAAAAGUCAGCAUCUCGGUAACCUUGUUUUCUAUCCCACUUGGCUCCAUAACUACUCGUGGAGGAUACCAUACGAUGUAAGUGGAUGUUAAACGGAUGCAUGGUGCAUGAGACGGAUGUUUUCUUUCCUUGACAAGAGGGGAGGACAGAUGAAGGGCAACUAUCGUAGAUGGGCUUCCUGAGAAGGGUAUGAAUGCUAAUCAAGAAAUAAUAUGUGAUUGAUGAGUUUAACGAGAGAUGCAUGCACGUCUGUUAUUUUUUUCAAAGAACGAAGAGCAUUAAAAGAAUCUAAAACUCCGUAUAUUGAUGCCUCCUCAGUAAUUAAAACAUAAAAAAUUCCAUCAAGGUUCCUUAUGCUCAUUAAAUGUUUUCUCUCCCCAGAAAGUCCAGAGAACUUGGCUUUGGAAUACUAGUUUCUGUUGAAUCUGUUUUCGAGCAUUAGGCUGUAAUGGUUGAUGUUGUAUUUCGCCAUCACUACGCUUUCUUCCCUCUAGUUAGUGUUACUUCUGCGACGUGUUCAUCAUUGUGCGUGAACUGCCAUCUACAUGUAAUAAAUGCAUACCUAUAUAGCAGCCCAUUUGAGCUUAUGCAUGAUGCCUGUAGGAAAACUGCUGAGGAGCGCACAACCUGAAUUGAUGGAUGAGUUGAUUAGGGCUACCAAAGACGGUGACAGCAACAAGAUACAAAUUCUGUCUGGCCCGGAAGUGCCUCUCCUCGAGGGUGAAUUAGAUGAAGAAGAGGACACCGAGGAUGAUGAUGAUAAUGAUGAUGAUGAUGAUGAUGAUGAUGAUGAUGAUGAUGUGAGUAUUAGCAUCUAGAUGAUGUUCGUCCGUUAAAACUGCUGUUCCUGGAGUUUGUGACCUUUUUUUAAUGAACCAAAAAAGGAUAAUCGCUGAAUUGGGAAAUUAUUUUUCAGGGAGAUGAAGCCCUUGUUCAAACAGCAGGAAGAUGGUUUGAUGGCCUGAUUAACAAGGAUUCAUCCGUCAUAAAUGAAGUUUAUUCAAUAAACAGUGCCGAUUUUGACCGCCAGGUAAAACCCUUCCAAUAUCACCAGCUUUCCUGCAGACAUCUGCUCGAGAGCCUUCUGAACAUCCUCGGUGUUCCAAUGAGAUUGUGGGUUCAGUGUCUGUCGUCGAUUCUUACUUUGCCCUGUUGUUUCAGGAACUGCGGAGGCUUGUGCGCCGGGUGCAAUCAAUCCAAGGUCGCCGAGCUGGCGAGGAAGAGGGAGGAGAGGAAGCAGAUAAUCCGGAGCUGAGCAAGGCGAAGAGCGCCCUUGCUCGCUUCCUGCGUCGCCUGGCGAAGCAGUCUGAGGAAGAUAAUGUCUUCACAUCCUCCUGA